AGCGCGUUAUAGAACUAUUGCGUUACUUUAGGCUUUUUUCCGUUCACUCAGUAUGUAAGUACUGCUUUUCGCUCUUGAAACUAAAAUAGACGGUAGCGCGAGUUUUCAAGAUUAAGUUGGUGAAGACUCAAUUUUUAGGACUUUUUGCUCUGAUCGAGUGGUUAUACUGUUUUUAUCGGCUAAAUGGUAUUCCAAAUUAUUUGUUCGCAUCUAAAGAAGACUACAUCUGGUGCUAGCUUCAACCAUGUUGUUGAAUAUCGACUUACAAAAUUAAUGCAUUUGGAAAUAUUAACAUUGCAUCCGCACUUGAAUACGGAAUUGUAGUUUCGCUCUUGGGUGUUCUUAACUGUUGUUAGCUUCACUCGUUACUAUGUAUAAAAUAGUUCGAUAAAAUCACCAAGUUAUCUGUUUGUAUUCCUGUUAUUUUUCUACUUAGAUUCUCGCGUUGAGUGAUUGUCGGUAACGACGAUCACCAUCAAGUGUUCGUGGGCUUUUGUUCAUUUUCUUAACGAUAGCAGAUCUAUUAACCAAAGACUAAACGUCACAUGUCUAGCAGAGUGUCUUUAAAACAAAAACUGAUAGGUCAGUUAGAAGAUGCUGAUUCAAUUUUAAGGGACAUACUUUCUGCAGCCUCCAAAAAGAAAUCCUCUGUUACACUGCUUCCUCUCAUAGAAUUAUUGUUGGAAAAAGAUCAACAGCUUAAGGAAACUUAUAAAGAAAUCGAAGUUUACAACGAAAUACAGAAAAAGAUCGAUCUCCUUAAGGCGGAUUGUUCGAAAUCCGACAAGCAGAUCCAGUCAUGUCAGCUUCAUUUAAAAAAGACUGAAGUUAUUUUGAGCACUGCUUUAUACUAUUCCAGACAGAAGUUGGACUCCAUGACUACUGCUGUUAAGAAUCCGAUUGAUAUGGAAGAGCUCGUUAGAUUUUCCCACAGGAUUAGCGCUACUCAUGGCGUAAUAGCCCCAGACAACUGGACUCAAGGAGACCCUAGAAGACCAUACCCAAAUAAAGAAGAGAUUCGGCGUGGAUACUUGGGUCAUAUUGAUGAUGCUGGAAAUUUCCGGCAGUCUCUUUGGGAUGCUUUGUUGGAUACUGCUGCUGCCGCAGCCUCAAUAGUUAGUUCGUCUACCCCAUCAGUCUCCAGUAGUUCUGGUCCAAAUAGUUUGGGCAACGCGAAUAUAGUGGCGUCUCAGACUCCUGUAUAUCACAGUAACCAAACGCAACCCACAAGUUUAUCGCUAGUCACUUGCUCUCCGAAUAUGAUUCUACCAGGGGUUAACAUGGUUUCCUCACCAAUGUCCUUUUCACAGUCUGGUGGCUCGUCUACAUGGACUGGACCAAAUAUGAACCUCGUCACAGGAAAUCCUACCAGUUCGGAAUUAGCUGGUCCGCAAAUACCAGCUUCUCGACCGCCUUCGACUUCACUAGCCGCUAUGCUUACUGGUACAAAUAUAAUGGAUCAACAUUCUCGUAACACCACAUUGCCUCCACCUCCUCUUAAGCCAGGAAGCGGACAAAUGCAAACAAGUCAGGCCACGUCUUUCCGGCCAAGUGGUGUUCUACCUCGACCAUCUAACUCUGGAAAUCGACAAGCAUUUCCUUCAUCUCCGAAUUCCUCUGGAUCGCAACAUAUGCAGUAUCCACAUAGUGAUACAUAUCCCGGUUUUAUGCCGAACAGUAAAACAUCUCGACCACAUUCCAAACGUGCACAUCGGAAACACACAGACACAGAGUGUACGGAAAUGUCAUCUAAUUCCUCUAGUGAUUCAUCCAGUGGUGAGGAAUGACUGUACUUUUGUUACCUUUUCAAUAACAUUCAAACAAACCAACCACCUUUUUAUUCUCAUAGAGAUUACUCAGAUAUUUGAAAGAACGACUGUCGUCCCAUGUCAUUUCAACGGUUGUUGAGCAAAGAAGAUGAGGGAAAUCGUCUUCAAACUUCUCAUACAGAGCGGUGCCGACUAGUUCUCAGUGUGAGACUUCUAAGUAGAUCAUGUUCUCGAAAAUAUGAAAUCACACCAAAAAUUUCUUGAUUUUACAGGAAGCACAUCAGUAACAUUAGAUUCUGAUCCAACUAUCUGUAUUUUUUAACCGGUAAUUUAGGUACCAUGAACAGUAUAACGUGUAGGAUUACAUAAUCAGAAAAGAUUUUAUAAUUAUGGUUUCUAGUAUUCCUUGAGGUGGUUUUAAUUCAUAAUAAACUGUUUACAGUUAAUUUUAUGUGAAGAAAAGUGUACUGAAAAUCAACCUGUGGAAAAUGGAUUGACUUUACAAGACUAAGUAACAUCGACAAAAUAAUUAUUAUAUUCUAACCUCACAGUAACAAUGUGGGUAGUAUUUUGUGAGUUAAAUUAAUUACAGUAAGCUAACAUUUACAUGGCUGUAAUCAGUUUGGAAUUAAAUUUAUUCGGGUAAGAUCGACGAAUCUAAAUUUCGAACUUACUUGUCCAGUUGUUAUCUUAAAAUAUUUCUACAUUGCUUGGCAGGCAGUUACAAUCAAAAACACACAACUCUCAAAAUCUUCCAGAAAAUAGUAAACAUAUUGGACACACAAUCACUAAAUAUCCAAAUUGAUGGGCGAGGCAGCAUGUCAUCGGCCAAAAAAGCUAUUGAAUGUUAAUUCCCCAGAUCUCUGUGAUAUCAUAUCAUAUUGAUUCAGUCUUAAUAUUUCUUUGCGAAUCGGUCAUAAAGUCCCUUGUUGUCAUUUCAAAACAUUUUCGACUGGUUGUUUAAAUAAGUCUGCAUAUAUAGCAAGUUGCGUAUCAGGACAUUUAUUAAAGCGUUGUUAAUUAAUGAGUAGAUGUACUCAAAUCAAACUAGUGUUGCAUAAAAUGUUCGUUGAUUCUAAGGCCACCAUUACCUUAUCCAUCAAAUUGGAAUCUAUAAUAACAGUACAGACCACAUAGAAAUGAAUCAACCGAGCUUUGUUAACGGACGAAUCAAGCGAGUAGAUUAAAAGUAACAUUCGCACUUAUGAGUGAUAGAAAGCCCUAUCCUACCAGAAAAUAGUUCACACACGGAAAGAAAAUUUGAGUAACAUAAAGCGAACACGUACAUCAAAACAAUUAUAUAAAGAAUUCAGCCAACAACAUUGUAUGUAAUCUAUCAGGAAGCAUUAUGUUAUAUUAUGGCUAUAGACUAAAAUACAAUUAACCAACUGUUUUCUUAAGGACCAGAUAUCAAUGACGAGUAAAAUAAUGGGAUAACUUAAUUAUGGUCUUAAUUGCUAAAUUAUAUAUAAUAGAUUCAAUUGUAUCUGUUUUUACUCAUUGACUGAUCAUAGAUAAUAUUAUCGCAAUACAAUACAUUUCAUCUAUCA